GGAAGGAAACAGAGAGGAAAAAAGGAAAGAGUUUUGUUUGUUUGUUUUUAAAUCUCAUUUUAUUUUGGUUUGCAAAAGAAGGGUGAGAGAAAAAAAUCCUCAAAGCAAAAAAAAAAAAAAAGAGGGGGAUAGAGAAAGCGAGCGAGCGGGCGAGCGAGCGAAGGAAGAGUGAGGGAAGGGAGAAGGGUUAUAAAAAGCGCGAGUCCCCCUGAAGAGUGAAGCGCCGGGCGAGGAGGAGCCCCAACCUGGCAGCUCGGGCGGACUUGCCGGGGAGCAGGGCGGCGGGGUGGGGGGGAGACGCGUGGAAAUGCGGCGCCGGAUCGUCCUCCUGCCUCUCCUGCUCGUGUGUGCGGCGGCGGCAGAAGCAGCGGCUGCAGCAGCAGCAGCAGCCCACGCCGGCGGCGCCGAAUGCGGGCUGGCCGAGCGCUCCCGCCGGGCGCGGAGGGACACCCGGCAGGCGGCGCAGCAGCGGCAGGCGGCGGCGCACCAUCACCACCACCAGGCUCUCCACUCGCCUUACCCCGCCCCGGGCACCUGCGCCACCAGGUUAGCCCGGGGUAGGCGCUCCUCCGCGGGAGCGGGCGGGCCCGAGGCGCCGCGAGCCCCCCGCCGCAGGAGGCGAGCGCCGGAGGGCGGGGAGCAGGCGACGUCGCCGGCCCCGAGCAGAGCGCUCUAUUUCCGCGGCCAGGGCGACCAGCUGCGGCUGAAGGCGGAGCUGGACUUACCCCGGGAUGCCUUCACGGCGGAAGCGUGGCUGCGGGCCGAGGGGGGACAGAGGGCGCCAGCGGUCAUCGCAGGACUAUAUGACAAAUGUUCUUACACCACCCGUGACCGAGGAUGGGUCCUGGGGAUUAACACCAUCAGUGACCAAGGGAAUAGAGACCCCCGUUUUUUCUUUUCCUUGAAGACGGACCGUGCCCGGAAGGUCACCACCAUCACGGAUCAUCAUAGCUACCUCCCAAAUCAGUGGGUUCACCUAGCUGUCACUUACGAUGGACGUCUGAUGAAGCUCUAUGUGAAUGGUGCCCAGGUGGCCACUAGCGGGGAGCAGGUAGGGCACAUCUUUAGCCCUUUGACUGUAAAGUGCAAGGUGCUCAUGCUUGGUGGGAAUGCCCUGAAUCAGAAUUACCGAGGCUAUGUAGAACAUUUCAGUCUUUGGAGAACAGCCCGGUCUCAGAAGGAGAUCCUGUUGGACAUGACUCUGGUGACUCAUGAAGUAGAUGCUCCUCUACCUCAGCUAGUUUUUCAGGAGACUUUACUGAAUGUGAAAAGCACCUGGUCUCCCAUGAAAGACAGCCCUAGUCCUCCUCAGAUUGAGUUCACUUCCCACCCUGGAUACCUGCUGGACACGAGCCUUGAUCCUCCUCUGUGCGGGCAAACUGUGUGUGACAAUGUAGAGGUCAUCGCCAGCUACAACAAUCUCCUGAGCUUCCGUCGUAAAAAGGUAGUCCGCUACCGCGUGGUGAACCUUUAUGAUGACCACCAUCGGAACCCUACCGUUAGCCGUGAGCAGAUAGAAUUCCAACACCAGCAACUGAACAAUGCCUUUGGCCCUUACAAUAUCACGUGGGAACUGGAGGUGCUGGAGGUGAAGAAUUCUUCCCUUCGGCAUCGCCUCAUCCUGGCCAACUGUGAAAUUAGCAAGAUUGGAGAUGAGAGCUGUGACCCUGAGUGCAACCAUACCUUAACCGGGUAUGACGGAGGAGACUGCCGUCAUGUGCGCCAUUCAUCGUUCAACAAGAAGAAGCAGAACGGCAUGUGUGACAUGGAUUGUAACUAUGAGAGGUACAACUUUGAUGGUGGGGAUUGCUGUAACCCGGAGAUAACUGAUGUCACCAAGACAUGCUUUGAUCCAGAUUCUCCUUACAGAGCAUACUUAGACGUCAAAGAACUUAAGAACAGGCUCAAGCUGGAUGGCUCAACACAUCUCAACAUCUUCUUUGCGAACUCCUCUGAAGAAGAGUUGGCAGGCAUGGCUACCUGGCCGUGGGACAAGGAAGCUUUGGUACACUUGGGGGGAAUCGUGCUGAAUCCUUCUUUCUAUGGCAUAGCAGGACACACCCAUACGAUGAUCCAUGAAAUAGGGCACAGUCUGGGGCUCUACCAUGUCUUCCGAGGAAUCUCCGAGAUCCUCUCCUGCAGUGAUCCAUGCAUGGAAACGGAACCUUCCUUCGAGACCGGUGACCUCUGCCAUGACACGAACCCAGCACCGAAAAACAAGAUCUGUGGUGAUCCAGACCCUGGGAAUGAUAUGUGUGGCUUCCGUAGCUUCCAAAACACUCCAUACAACAACUUUAUGAGCUACACAGAUGAUGACUGCACCAACUCCUUCACGCCCAACCAGGUGGCAAGAAUGCACUGCUACCUGGACCUCGUGUACCAGAGCUGGCAGCCUGCCAAGAAGCCUGCCCCCAUCGCCAUCACGCCACAGAUCGUGGACCGGACAGGGACCUCAGUCACCCUGGAGUGGUUUCCCCCCAUAGACAGGCACUUCUUUGAAAGAGAAGUGGGAUCAGUCUGUGAGCUCUGCGUGGAAGGCAGAGUCCUUGUGCAGUACGCCUUCAGCGCCUCCUCGCCGAUGCCGUGCGACCCGUCAGGACACUGGAGUCCACGUGAAGCAGAAGGUCACCCCGAUGUGGAGCAGCCAUGCAAACCUAGCGUUAGAACAUGGAGUCCCAACUCGGCAGUCAUCAAGCAAACCGUCCCACCCGCCUGUCCCGAACCUCAGGGAUGCUAUCUGGAGCUGGAGUUCAAGUACCCGGUGAUCCCAGAGUCUCUGACCAUCUGGGUGACCUUUGUCUCCCCUGAUUGGGAUUCCAGCGAAGCCGUGAAUGACAUCAAGCUCCUGAUGGUCAGCGGGCGGAACCUCUCACUCGGGCCUCAGAACUUCUUCUGCGAUGUCCCCAUGACCAUCAGGCUGGACCCCAAGAAGGUGAAUGAGGAAGUCUGCGCCAUCCAGAUCUACACCUUGGAUGAGCACCUGGAGAUUGAUGCUGCCAUGAUGAGCUCAGUCCCACAGAGCGGACAGUGCACUGACUGCAGGCCUGUCCAGUACAAAGUAGCCCGGGACCCUCCUUUUCAGAAAGGCUCUCCGUUCAUCAUCUCAGACCUCAGCCGGAAGUUUGUGGACUCUGAAAUACAAAUGGGCAGCUUAUACACUUACUGGGUGUCUGUCAUUUCUGGGAUGGAAGAGAGUGAAGCAUCCCCUCCACUCACCUACGUCCAUGGAAGCGGCUACUGCGGCGAUGGGAUUAUCCAGAAGGACCUUGGGGAAGAGUGUGAUGACAUGAACAAGGUCAACGGAGAUGGAUGCUCCCUCUUUUGCCGGCAGGAAUUGUCCUUCAAUUGCGUUGAUGAACCGAGCAGAUGCUACUUCCAUGACGGUGAUGGUGUGUGUGAAGAGUUUGAGCAGAUGACCAGCAUCAUAGACUGUGGGGUCUACACACCCAAAGGCUUCCUGGACCAAUGGGCAUCCAACGUGUCAGUCUCACAUCAUGAUGAACGAUGUCCGGGAUUGGUGGUGAUAGGCCAGCCGGCAGCCAAUCAAGUGUGUCGAACCAAAGUGUAUGACUUCAGCGAUGGAAUGUCUCAGUAUGCCUGGUACCCCUGCACCGCCAACAAUACCCAGACCAUUUUCUGGCUCAAGGCUUACUUUUCGCAUCCAAUGGUUGCUGCUGCCGUGAUCAUCCACUUGGUUACAGAUGGGACCGAUGAUCUCGAUCAGAAGCAGGAGACCAUUUCUGUGCAACUGGCUGACACUAAAGACCAAAGUCAUGACCUUGGGGUCCACGGCUUGAGCUGCAGGAAAAACCCCUUGAUUGUCCCUGUCAUCCACGACCUCAGCCAGCAUUUCUACCACACCCAGGCCGUCCUCAUCACCUUCAGCUCCCCGUUCGUGGCCAUCUCUGGGGUGGCCUUGCGCUCCUUCCACAACUUUGACCCCAUCACCGUCAGCAGCUGCCAGAGCGGACAGACCUAUAGCCCGGCUGAGCAGAGCUGCGUCCACUACUCCUGCAAAUCCACUGAUUGCCAAGAACUGGAGAUUGAGAAUGCUCUGUUGACUUUCUCCAGUGGGCGGCGCUAUAAUGGUGCCCAGUGCAAUGUCACCUGUAAGACAGGCUACAUCCUUCAGAUACAGAGAGAUGAUGACCUUGUGAAGAAUCAGCUGGAGCCCAGCGUCACCAUGACGUGCGUGGAUGGGAAGUGGAACAAGCAGGUUACCUGUGAGCCUGUUGACUGUGGGAUCCCUGACCAGUACCAUGUCUACCCAGCCACCUUCAACUGCAGUGAAGGCACCACCUUUGGCAAGAGAUGCUCCUUCACCUGUAAGCCUCCUGCCCAGCUGAAGGGAAACAACAGCAACCUGAAAUGCCUGGAGGAUGGCCUGUGGUCGUUUCCCGAGGCCCUUUGUGAACUGAUGUGCCGCGCUCCCCCUUUGGUCCCCAAUGCUGACCUCCAGACGGCCCGGUGCCAUGAAGACAAGCACAAAGUGGGAGCGUUUUGCAAGUAUAAAUGCAGGCCAGGUUACCACGUCCCAGGAUCCUCGCGGAAGGCAAGGAAGAGAGCCUUUAAGAUCCAGUGUGGCCAGGAUGGAACUUGGCUCGAGGGAGCCUGUAUCCCUGUCACCUGCGAAGCGCCACCUUCCAAGUUCCAUGGACUCUACCAGUGCACAAACGGCUUCCAGUUCAACAGCGAGUGCAGGAUCAAGUGUGAAGAGGAUGGCACCCAAGCUGGCCGUGGGAGCAACGUGAUCCACUGCCGGAAGGACGGCACCUGGAGCGGCUCGUUCCACCUCUGCAGAGGGAUGCAAGGACAUUGCUCUCUUCCCAGCCAGCUGAGCGGGGGCCUGAAACUGCAGUGCCUGGAUGGAUACAGCAUAGGAGCUGAGUGUACCAUCUUGUGCCCAGAUCAUCACAGCGAGCCCGUCCUAUUGCGUGCCAAUGAGACGUUACAAGACAUCCAGCACUGGAUGAACCCUCCAAGAGUGAAGAAUGUCGUCUGCACUGCCGAACUCAAGUGGUACCCGCAUCCUGCACUGAUCCACUGCAUCAAGGGUUGUGAGCCUUUCAUGGGAGACAACUAUUGCGACGGCAGCAACAACCGAGCCUUUUGCAACUACGAUGGUGGGGACUGUUGCACCUCGACAGUGAAGACCAAAAAGGUUAUCCCCUUCCCGAUGUCCUGCGACCUGCAGGGGGAAUGUGCUUGCCGGGAUCCCAAAGCCCAGGAGCACGGCCGGCGGAGGGACCAUCGCGGCUUCAGCUUCGGAUAACACAAAGCGCCGCAGGACAGAAGAGACACCACCACCAAAGGCAGGCAAGAAGAGGCAUCACCACUUCCCCAAACCCUUUUCUUUUCUCCGUAUCUUUUUUUGUUUUGUUUUUAAAAAAAACAAUUUCUGCUGCUCAACUCAACGGCAUUUCUGCACCAAGGACCUUUAGAAUUCAACCGGUCUGCCUUUAAUUUCUGUGCCCAAGGAGAACUGAAAGAUUGGAGUUGGUGGGAGAGAUGGCAGGCUAUUGUAUGAAGCAGAUCUUACAAGAAGGACAAGCAAAACAGGAAAUGGCAAAUAACUGAGUGAAAGAGGACUUUUUUCUUUAAAAAACGUAUCAGGAGAGAGAAGGAGAAAGCAUUGCGCCUGAUUCAGUUGUAUACCCACUGGGUCUGAACUCUGCGUGGCUCAGUUUUUGAGGUUUGUACAUCUUUUGGUUUAAGUGUUGCUUCUUUUUCUUUUUUUGGUAUCCAGAUUAAGGCAAGAGACAAGCCAUAUAUAAAUAUGUACCUAAUAUUUAUAGAGAAACAAGGGAGGGAGGAGAGAAAGAGAGGAGCAUGCCAAGGCAACAGAAGGUGGCCAGAGUCUUGCCCAUGUCCAGCAUUUUAGGCUCAGCUUCCCUUUGUGCUAAACGGCA